AUGGCCCGACAGCUGAUUUGUUGCUUAGUGCUGAUGCUUUUAACUCCUGGAGUGAUCGGUGCUGUGACGCUGGGCGCUUUUGGGGCUGAUGACUUGGUGAAGCAGCUCCGGUCGUCCAUCUUCGUCGAGACAGCGUUCUUAGAAGAGCGCCCACCGGUGACGCGGUGUUCCUCCUUGGAUGGUCCCAGUUGCCUUCACUUAAUGUUGGAUUCUCAGGUGUCCCUAGACGGUCCAGGUGUUAUUCCAGAGAGACUCCUUCACGACUUGGGAGCUGCAGAGGGAAUGGACUUUGUGACCCCAGAGUACUUCACAUUGGAAGAACUUGUACGCAUGGGUCAGGCAACACAGAGCCGAAGCUCAGCUGAAGCCUUGCUGGUGGGAGACGAGGCCAAGGACUACUUGCUCAGUGGUCGGAACAAGACGUUUGUAGGACUUCUGCACUUCGCUGGUGCCGCACUGGACCGGCGUUUGCCAUUGACCUUCUCGCUUGGACUGCCCAAAGACCUGGUGGCCACUUGGGAUGGCCGCUGGAUCGCGCGUGAUGGUAGCACCAAGCAUGUGGCCAGCCUGCCUUCUCCGGAUGGCGAACUUCCCGUCUUGUCUCAGAACGCCGGUUUGGUUCGAAAGCCAGGUGGCGGAAGCCUGCAACUCUCAGUCUCAGCUGAGUUGGCAGGCUCUUUGGGAUAUCUCCGCUUCUCGCGACCGGUCACUGUGCGCUCCCUCUUCGUUCACUGGGUUGCAGAUCGAAAUGCUCCAAGGGCCAUUGUGGCAGGUCGUUUGGGUCUGCAAAAUAUGUGGAACAGACCAGGACUUCUUCUUCGGGCUUUAGCUGGAUAG